AUGCGAGAGCCGUCAUGCUCUGUUGGUGACGUCGAGGUCUAUGAAGUGUCCUACGUCAAGUCGCUGGAGCAGCGGAUUUCAGAUUUGGAAACCAGAUUGCAAGCCCAGGGAUCCGUAAACAUCGCCACUGGCUUCCCCAAUGAUGGAUCACAUCGCUUCUCUCAUUCUCUUGUGGACGAUCUACAGCCAAUGGACCCCAUGCAUUGGCAGUACUCAUUCUACUCAUCCAUCACGAAUCCCCCAGAGUCUCACAAUCCAUUUGAUGACUUGCUCAUCGACCCGCAUGCCAUCCAAUCGCUUGCCAAUACCGUCCCCGUCAAUUCGGUGACAGCACCGAAGACACCUAUCUCUACACAAGGCCACGACUUCUUCGCGCUAGAACCUGUGACAGAGAAUCCUCACAAGAACGACAGCCCUCUUUCAGCUUUGCCAAUCCCACAUGCUGAAAUUGCCAGGUUCCUCCAUGCAUAUUUCGGAUUGAUACACCCUAGAUAUCCAUUUCUGGACGUUGAUGAAUGCGCAUCCGCCUACAUUAAUUCCAAACAGGCGUCAAUUAUCGCGGACGAAGUGCAAGCUUCAUGGUAUUCAUUUCUUCUGACAACACUGUGUGCCAUCGGGUGUACAAUCAGUCAACCGAGCACCGUUGCCCACUUGUCCAAGCAGAAUGAAAUUCUCCUAGCACGAGUCCAAGCCGAGCGUGGUGUGAUAUCAAACGAACAUGCCUCGCCACUGAUCCGCUUAAAGGCGAUGCUGCUACAUGUGAUACUGGCACUGCAUGGAGAGAACACAUCUCGCCUUGUCCACCUUACCGGCGUCACGAUGCGUUUCGCGACACUGCAUGGGUUCCAUCGCCUCGAUACCUCAAACUCGAAUGACGCUGCAAAUGCACAGACCAAGGCCUGGUCUUGUAUCUACGCCCUCGAUCGCAUGAUAAGUGGAACUCUCCGGAUCCCUUUAUACCUCACUUGUUCUCCAUAUAUUUGUUCAAUGCCGUGGCUCUCGGACUAUCCAGGCCACGAGAGUGUAGAUCAAGUCCUCCUCGAGAAAACCUUCACCCAUAUGCUUCGAGUCCGCACCAUACAAUCGAAGAUUAUGUGUACAGCGCCCACGUUAAAGCCAGACGAGAUUGGCCCAUUUAUCGCCAAGAUGGAGGACGAAAUUAGCGAUUGGUCGGAACAUAGCCAGAUAUUCAUGCAUAUUGAACCGGACAAUGUAGGAUAUCUCAGUUGCUUCUGGCUUCAGUACAUGGCCAGCGUUGUCCGAGUAACCCUCCAUAGCAUAUUCGGAGACAUGGACUAUGAACUGCCCCGGGCGGCAGAGCUCCUCAAAGCCUGUUGUGAUGCUUGCACUGCAUUUCGAACCGUUCAGAAAGGGAGACAAUUGGUCAGAUCAUGGAUUGAUAUGGUCUUCGACUUCCAAGCAGGCGUCACCAUCCUCUACAUAAAGUGGAAAGGACUGAAACUUCACCAUCAGGAUGUCGACCGAGCUAUUCGCAACUGCACGUCCACCCUGGCCAUCCUCGCCGAAGGUGCCCCCAAUGUCGAGACUUUCAGGGAUUGUUUCGACGCCCUAGCCACGUUUGUAGGGAGGAAUGGUCUCAAUGAGGAGUUGCCUGGUGAUAGGUCGGAAGAUCUCAACAUUUAUUGUCGUAAGGUGAUUGCCUUGGGAGUAGCACCACAUAUCGCAAGCAUACUGCGGGAGAUGAGCCAUUUGUCUCCGGCCUGA